CGGGUUAGUUUGCUUUAAAGUCCUGCAGCUUGCCGUACAAAAACAGAAAUGGCGUCUUCGGAGGACGUAAACGUCCGAAUUUGCGGACAAGAAAUAAUAAAGUAUGACCUGGAGAUAAAGGCUCUCAUUCAGGACAUCAUUGAUUGUCCUGGACCUCAGUCCACUCUCACACAGCUCAACUCUCGGGUCAAGGAGAAACUGAACAAGCUGAGGCUCAGGAUGCAGGAUCUGGAGCAGAUGGCCCAGGAGCAAGACACAGAGUCAACCAGACUGUCCAUCCUCAUGGAGACGGAGAGCCAGCGACGCCAAAUGCUGAGCAACCAGACAGCGUGGAGGAAAGCCAACUUGGCAUGUAAACUAGCCAUAGACAACAUGGAAAAAGACGAGCUUCUGCAUGGAGGAGAAAGCCCGAGCACCAGACAAAGGAAGGUGACCAAAGAAAGUUUAGUUGAAAGCAGCAGCAGCAUCACAGGGAAUCUGAUGUCUAUUAGCCGGAUGAUGUCGGAGCAGGUGAAGCAGAGCGAGGACACCAUUGGCACUCUGGCCACCUCUUCUAGAACAGUGCAGGAAACCAACGAGGAGUUCAAAAACAUGACGGGAACCAUCCACCUGGGGAGGAAACUGAUUCUUAAGUACAACCGCAGGGAGCUCACAGACAAGCUACUCAUCUUCUUGGCUUUGGCGCUUUUCUUUGCCACCGUCCUUUACAUCCUCAAGAAACGCCUCAUCCCCUUCAUUUAAUGAGCCGGUUGGGUCUGCAUCUGCCUCGUAAGAAGUUCUCAGGAAGGGUUUUAAGAUGUGGAAGAGUAGAGCAAUGAACCACACUGAGUAGAAGCAGCAUCAAGACUGCAAGAUUACAGAAGUAGGCAAAUAAAUUCGGUCACAUGAACAAGAAUACAUGAGGACUAAAGCUACGCACUGCCUGAUUGUUCUUAAAAUAAAAUUUGGACUAACUGGGAUAACUGUUUGGACAUUUAGACAUUCAUCAAAUAAGAUGAAUGCAUUAUUAAAGAAAUAUUGAAGAUUGUUGGGUUGCUAAUUAAAAAAAAUGGUUGACUCCUGCUACAAAAUGUAAUAACUUAACAUGACCUUUGUGUUCUGUCAUCCACCAUUCUUUGGGAGAAGUCUCGUGAGAGGAGCUCCAGAAACACACCUGGAGGUUGUCCAUCGUGUUGUAAAAUGAAUCCUACACCUAAACAUGUUGCACAGAUGUCUACGUUUAUUUACGGCUAUUGAAUGGACCUGGAGAUCCACCUUAUCUUGUUUUCAUGUCUAUGUAGUAAGAAUUAAAAACAAAUGCUAGCAAAGUCCUACAAAAA